UUUUGUACUCUUGCCAUCGAGCACAGGGAGAGUGAAGUGGUGGUUGCAGAGCGGAGAGCGGAUCCGAGGCUGCCGACGACGAAACUAGGGUUUCCGGGAGGGGCGAGAGAUCGGGACUCCGAUCGAUCUCAAAGAGGAGUGGGUUUCGGAGCCCGUUGAAUUGAAUUUCGGAGGUUUGGUCUCACCGGGCGGGUACGGAUAAUCGCCGCUCACCUCCCCGUCACACGGAUCGGCCGCGUCCCCUCUGGAUCCCUCGCUCUCCGACGAACCCGAUCGAGCUCUGCAGUAGGAUUUGCUUCAAGUGCCAGAUGCAUAUGAUGAAAUCGAAGAUGAAGUAGAAUUGAAUUCGAUGUACUGUUGCAGAGUUCAAACCUAGAGAUGGAUUCAGGUGGAGGAGUCGAAUCGGAGCUCAAUAAAGGAGCGGUGGAGAAGGCUCCAGAGGCCAAUGGGUUCAACGAGAACGAAGUCACCGAGAAUGGAGCCGAUGCGGUUCGCAUCGACAGUGGCUCCGACGGUACGUCGAAGGUUGAAGCUCCUGAUUCUUCUGGAGAUGGCGAUGAAGCGCCAACUUCUGCCGCCGAGAACAAAGCGCCGUCCAAUUCUUCCGAGUGGGGAGAUGGAUCUGAUGGAAAAGAUGAUAUCAAGAAGACGCAGAAAAAUUCUGGUGCUCUGAAUGCUUCCUUGGCUGAGUCUCAGAAGAAAAGGAAUGUUAUGUCGCAGAGUUCGUCAUUUCCUCCCAAGGGUUCCCUUGCCGAUAAUUCGCGCAGGAGCACAACAUCUACAAAGCAGUCUAGAGUUGCAUCCUCAAUCACAAAUGGUGAUGUCGUUGUUAAGCGUUCUGCAGCAAUUGCUCAGAAAACAUUGUCCGUCAAUACUGACUCGGCGGCGGAGGCAACCAUAAAUGGCACAUCUGCUGAAGAUGCACAGUCAAAUGAUAGCAAAACAAAGCCCUCGGGAAGCCCGUUGCCAGCCGGAAAAGAGGAUGAUGCCCACUCCACAUCCUCAAGUUCACCACGUGCAAGAAAGAGCGCUGGUUGUGGUUUCAGCUUCAGGUUGGAUGAGCGUGCCGAGAAACGCAAAGAGUUUUUCAUGAAGCUUGAAGAGAAGAAUCAUGCCAAGGAACUGGAAAAGACUAACCUGCAGGCAAAAUCCAAGGAGAAUCAAGAGGCCGAGAUCAGACGGCUAAGGAAGACCUUGACCUUUAAAGCCACUCCAAUGCCAAGCUUUUAUCAGGAACCUGGUCCUCCAAAAGUUGAAUUGAAGAAGAUCCCUCCGACGCGCGCUCGAUCACCAAAGCUCGGCCGUCGCAAGCAAUCCGUUUCUGCAGCAGAUGGUUCUUCAGAAGUCGGUACCUCCAGCUCAACCAAACCGAGUGAUGGUGCCGCAAGCAGCAAGGGGAAUGCAGCCUUUCCAAAGAAGCCAAAGCAAAAGUUACUCUCCAAGCUUCCAUCACAGAAAUCACCAACAGCAACAAAGCCUGAUGCAAAAUCUCUGAUGCCAGGAACUGAGAAGCCUGAGGUAGGAAACAGUUCCGCUGAAACUUGUGUUGCAGCGGAGCCGGCCUCUCCUGGGGACUCGGCUGAGGAAGGACAAACGAAUGGCGACCUCCCUGAAACUGAGGUCGCAGCUCAGGAAGUACCAGUACGGGGUUAACUGGUGGGUAGGGGCCUCCGGACCCUGUGCUGUAGUUUUGUUGUGGCCAUUUGUGAAUAGAGAGAACUGUGUGUUGCUUGAAAAGCAUGGUGUUGAUAUCGUCCUCUGAAGACUUUAUAUGAAUUAGGUCAUGUGUAUGGUUUCAACCUGUUUUGCCGUUUGAUUUAUGGUAUUACAUCAUGAGAUGGUGAUUAUUAUUAUCUCUA